ACUAGCGUAGUCUGCUGCCCUCAAUUGUCAGAUCACAGUGGGGCCGUUUUCUUCAACUAACGGAAGACUUGUUCUCUUGUUUACAAUGGCCAUUUCGAGUCUUUGCUGUUAGACCGCAGUUAGCUCGACCAGCUGACGUUUCUAGGGGUUGUGUUUUUCAGGGCAGCCAGCGUAAAACAUUUCUUACUCUGUGAAUAAGUUUUUCGCAACCUACCCUCAUUCUUCGUCGAGUAUUCGUGCCGAAAUGUUGCUGUGCUUUCACGGGCUUCAAAUGAUUAGUUUCAGUCAGUGUCUCCUCUGGGUCUAGUGAUUAUUUUUUAUUAGUAAAUUAGAAGGAAACACUUAUAAAGUGGGUGGUGGUUCAGUGUUCCUCUCCGUCUUGCAAGUGAGAAAAACAAAUCAUGAGUUUUGCUGCUCAACAACACUCGCUUUCUUUAACACAGUCAAACGUCACUACCAGAUUGAUAUCAAUGUUGAUCCUACUUAUCUCUGUAACAAAUGUGUUUCUGCUUAGCUUUACGCAAGCAGCAAGUAUCCAUUCACAUUUUGAUUCACAGUGCAACCAUGUGCAUCCAAAGCCUAACGAUAUAAUACACGGCGUUCAUCUCGAAUCGGAACACGUGAUGAAGCGCAGGAGCUUAGACCAGCGGCUUCGCGUAAAAAUAUAUUACGACACCAGCGUUUAUAAGUUAGACGAGGCCAUGUUUGAACUCAUCAAUAAUACGGUUCUUCCUGAAGCCGUCAGCUAUUGGGAACGGGCUUUGAUGGUCCGCAAGACGGAAUCGGUUAUCCGCCUGAGUCGAAAAUGCCGAAACAAUCAAGUGUUCCUGGUUCCCAACGAUCCUCAUCCCUAUUGCAUGAAUGCGUGCGAGGCUGCCACAAUGUGUGGAGAAGUUCAGGUGCCAGAACAUCACCUUGAGUCGUGCCGGGUAUGCGAUGCCCAAGGCAAGCAGUGCCGCUCUCUGGGAGAAGGAGCCGGAGUAGGUAUCAAGGAUGCAGAUUUCGUCUUCUACGUUUCAGCUAUGGAUACUGAGCGUUGCCAGAAGGGAAUGACUGUGGCUUAUGCCGCCCAUUGUCAACAAGAGGUUUCACUCGAUAGGCCGAUUGCUGGACAUGCAAACUUGUGUCCACGUAGCAUCAGCACCAAACUUCCCGAGCUUGACGUUCUCAUCUCUACAGUUAAACACGAGAUUCUGCACGCCCUCGGCUUUUCGGUCAGCCUCUUUGCAUUUUACCGGGAUUCCAAAGGAUUGCCAUUGACACCCCGCGACGAACACGGAAAACCUGCCCUCAACGAAAAUUUACAAGCUCGUCAGUGGAGUGAACGAGUUAUCAAGAGAAUCGUUCGCCCUGAUUGGUUAGUCCGUGAAGGACGCGUUCGCAAAGAGGUGCACAUGAUGGUGACACCUCGCGUAGUUGAAGAAGUGCGCAAGCACUUUAAUUGCAGCACAUUAGAAGGUGCUGAGCUGGAAGACCAAGGGGGUGAAGGAACUGCAUUGACCCAUUGGGAGAAGAGAGCUUUUGAAAAUGAAGCCAUGACCGGGACGCAUACUCAGAAUCCAGUCUACUCACGCAUCACCCUUGCCUUGAUGGAAGACACUGGUUGGUACAAAGCCAACAUGGAAAUGGCCCAGCCACUUAAUUGGGGACGAAACUUGGGAUGCAAUUUUGCCCAGCGCAGUUGCAUGGAGUGGAUGGAGACAAAGGCCGACAAGGAGCAACAUUUGCAUCCUUAUUGUAAUCGAGUAAAACGGGAUCCUUUAGAAACUGAAUGUUCUGAGGAUCGAAAUUCGGUUGCCCUUUGCAACCUGGUUCAGCAUACCUACCCACUUCCGGAUCUUUACCAGAAUUUCGAAUUUAUUCCUCACAUUAGUCAGACGGAGAUACCUUAUUAUGGAGGAUCAGUAGCUCUGGCCGACUUUUGUCCUUAUAUUCAAGAGUUCACCUGGCGUUCGGACAACAUCGCCAUUCGGGGUUCCAAUUGCCUUUACGAAGAAAAUAAUCCCCGUCCUGAACGUAAUUUUGCCUUGGAAUUGUACGGACCAAAGUCCAAAUGCUUUGAGCAUGCUGGUUCAAUGUGGGAAGAGCGGACAUGUCGGCAAGUACGUCAGUGGCAGCACUGGGGUUCCGGCUGCUACGAAUACUCUUGUCAAAACGGAAGACUCAAUAUUAUUGUGGACAAUCGAACAUUUCCUUGCUACUAUCCAGGACAGGAACUGCGCGUUCGCUUGCUUAGCCAAGGCUGGCUUCACGUCGGUUCACUCUCGUGCCCAUCGUGCACUGAACUGUGUCAAGAGACCUUUAUGGCCGCUAAUUCGUCAUGCAAGCUUCCAAUGCCCGAUCCGAGAGUUGGACAAAUUUACCCUAACGAUCCUCUAGAUUGUGGCUCUCUGCGACCUGCUCAUUCGGUCGCUUUGUCUGUGAUAUUUUUUGUAGCGCUGCAGCUUUUGACUUGAUUUCGUGUCAGUUUCCUUUCUCAUUGAAUUACCCAGCUACGAACAUAUAGUAUUAAGAACUUAAAUAUUACGAAUUGCCCCAUCUCGAUUAGGAGCAUAUUCUUUAUCUUUUGUAUUUGUAUUUUUUUUUGUCUCGACCCCUGACAUCACUACAUAGGCAAAGAAUUGUAUGUAAAUAAACAACAUAAAAGCAA